UGUGGUCAUGGCUGUUGAUUACAUGGAGGAAUGGCGUGAGACAGAGAGAGACAGGGAGUGGAAGGACACACAGAGCCAGAGCGCUGCAGGGAAUUUGUGGGAAUUUCAAGGUUUGACAGUCUCCCUCCUCAGGCACUGUAACGUCUCUCACUAUGAAUAAUAAUCGGGCAAAUGGUCCCCUCUAUGACAACAUCGGGUUUCAGCAUGAGGACGGAAGACCCCCUCCGUAUGCCCAACAGCAGGGAAUAUACCCUUCCCUUCCACAAGAGACUCCCAGCUAUGUUACCGUCAAUGCCAGAACCAUCAACACCCACCACACUGUAACAGCUGGAACACCACAUAAGCCAGGAAAAAAGCAAGGGAUGAAGAAAUGCCACUGGAAAUAUACACUGUGUGCAUCUCUGUGUGUGCUUCUCAUCCUGGCGGUGGUCAGCCUCCUGCUCUGGUACUUCUUAUACUACCAGUGUUUACUGGGGAAGUCGUGCAGAAGUGGUGGGAAGUGUCUCAGCCACUCCCAGUGGUGCGAUGGUGUUAAGGACUGUCCUCACGGAGAGGAUGAAUCUCACUGCUUUCGCCUCCACGGGACGAACUUCAUCCUGGAAAGCUACUGGACUGACAGCGGGACAUGGAUGCCGGUGUGUGCUGAAAACUGGAACAACAACUAUGGGAUAGCUGUGUGUGAGCACAUUGGGUACAAGAGCCAGGAUUAUGUGUCCUACACCGAAAGCAGUGCAGGUGCUAUAGCCUCGAAGGGAUACAUGAAGCUGAAGCCUGGAAGUAGUCAUGGAUCACGUAUACAGUCACAGCUGGCUUACAGCCAAACUUGCUCAGCAAAGGCCGUCAAACUUCGUUGUCUUGAAUGUGGAGAGAGUUCAGCAGAGCCCAGCUCUCGUAUUGUGGGUGGUACAAAGGCAGUGAAUGGGGCCUGGCCGUGGCAGGUCAGUCUCCAGAUUUAUGGUCAACACAUUUGUGGAGGCUCUAUUAUCAGCCCUAACUGGAUCCUGUCUGCUGCACACUGCUUCCAAAAAAUGAACGCCAAUCCUCGAAUAUGGAGGGUAUACUCCGGCGACGUGAGCUUGUCAAAACUGAGCUUUGGGGCUUCCAAAGAAGUGAACAAAAUCAUUCCUCAUGAAGCAUUUGACCCAAAAACUAAUAACAAUGACAUUGCUCUUCUGAAGCUCAGUGAACCUCUGAAAUUCACAAGAACAGUGAAGCCAGUGUGUCUCCCCAACGCCGACAUGGACAUCUCUGCUGGAAACCAAGCCUGGAUUACAGGAUGGGGAACGUUACGCUCAUCUGGGCCGACCCCUGACAGACUAAAUCAGGCACAAGUGACCAUUUACAGCAGAGAGAUCUGCAACAGACCCUAUGUGUUAGACGGGGAAGUCACUGAGACCAUGAUCUGUGCUGGCAGGCUGCAGGGAGGAGUCGACACCUGUCAGGGUGACAGCGGAGGGCCCCUGGUGGUCAAACAGGGUAAUGUAUGGUGGCUGGCAGGGGACACUAGCUGGGGAAUUGGAUGUGCUUUUAGGAACAAGCCAGGCGUCUAUGGCAAUGUAACCUACUUUAUCAACUGGAUAUAUGAGCAAAUGCAGGUACGGUACGUUAAUGCAACAGAGAUGCAAUUCUAUGUUUUCUGUACAAAUGUGAUUUGAAUUUAACAAAUACACUGCUGUUUGUUGUCUCGUACAGUUGAUAGUUAUUUCAGCUUUUUGAGUUUUCUUCUGUUAUCAGACAGGUAGAGGGUGAAUUACUAAGCAGGGACUCCUGAUAUAUCAAUAUAUCGAGUUUUUAUGGUGAAUAUGUUUGCAGCCAACAGAGGAAGGGCAACAUGACACUAGCGUCUUCUUCUUUGCUACCUGUUGCAGGUGACCCCGUCGGAGUCUGAAUCUAUCUGAAUGGGUUUAGCAUGAGUGAUAUGUGAUGCUUUCAGCUUAAUUAUUCUAGUCUACAGAUUGACACAUUUCAUUUCAUUUUUUUCCCUCCACAGAAUGAGUGACAGAGUUCCCUGAAGACAAACCUCUUUCAUUAAUCAGCAGUACUUUAACACACACACUGUGCACUUUAAAUCUGAGGCUCUGAGAGAACUUAUUGAUCAGUAAGGUCUUUCUUGAAAAGGAAAACAAAAAGAUGAUUGUAUCAUUUCAUUAUUUUUAUAUUCUAGUU